AUGUUUACUUCUUCUGACUAUACUACUUCUCGUUCAAGUAAUCAUCUUCCCUACUAUCACAGCGCUGCUCUACCAAGACAAACUUUAGAGGUGCCACCACAGAUAUUAAGGACUUCAAAAACUAUUUCGAACGAAUCAUGCAUUCCUCAAACUUGUGGUAACGAGCCCACCUUACCAUUUCUACAUCCUCAACCCGUUUGUACUUCAACGAGUAAUGAUGGGGAAUUUCUACACAGUACUCUUCAGCCUAAUUCAAAUCGAUUCGACGAUAUAUCACAAAGAUUUCUCCAAGAUUAUCUGAGCAAUUUUGAGAGAAGUCCUAGCUGUUUGAAUAAUUUUGACGACUUUAGUAGUCGCUAUACCAGUUCUGCUCAAUCGGAUAAUGCAGGACGUGUUAUGAUUUCCCAGGUUCCUUCGAUUCCAGCUAACACAUUGUCUCGCGUUUGGGCCAAAGUUCAACGCAAUUCGAAGUCCGGACAUGAUAAACUAUCAGGGAAUAUUUGUAGCCGAUCUGAAUUUCAGCAGGCUAGCUGCUCUAUAGGUUCCCAUAAAAGCUAUGGAUCAGCGAGAAUAUCAAGUGCACCAAUGGCCACUCACGCAAUUCCAACUUCUUGGACGCAAUUUAGGCAUCUAGGCAAUCAAACACUUGGUAUGAGUGAAAUCGAGUUAUUAAAUAAGGAAGAAGGUGCUGCGGAGGUAAAAGAGCUGGAGAAGAAAGUAUCCGGAAAUAAUGUCAAUGAAACCGUAAUGCAACACAUAUUUGAUCAAGUGGAUACAGACAAACUAGAAAAUAGAAUAUCAAUUGUUCAUUUUCCCUCAAAUUCGUACCAAUCUUGGUAG